AUGCGCGUCGCUGGACGACUCGCAGCAGACGUACUGGACAUGAUUGGCGAGCAUGUAAGUCCGGGGGUCAGCACCGGAGAUUUAGACGAUAUUUGCCACAAUUUCAUUACGCAGACGCAGGAUGCAAUCCCUGCGCCACUCAAUUACCGCGGUUUUCCAAAGUCGAUCUGCACGUCAGUUAAUCACGUCGUAUGCCACGGGAUACCCGGCGAACGCGUUCUGAAGUCAGGUGACGCGGUCAACAUCGACAUCACCGUGAUUAAGGACGGCUUUCACGGCGAUACCAGUCGUAUGUUUUUUGUUGGCAAGCCCGGCAUACAGGCUGAGCGCCUUGCAAAAGUCGCAUUCGAAAGCAUGUGGCUCGGCAUCGAACAGAUAGCACCUGGGGGGGAAAAGCGCCUCGGCGACAUUGGUGCCGUUAUUCAAAAGCAUGUCGAGAAAAACCGUUUCUCAGUGGUCCGGGAGUAUUGCGGCCAUGGCAUUGGACGGGUUUUCCAUGAAGACCCACAAGUUCUCCACUAUGGAAAAGCCGGUACCGGCUUUGAAUUGCAGGCAGGCAUGACGAUGACAGUUGAACCGAUGGUCAAUGCGGGGAAACGCCAUGUGCGACUCCUACCUGAUGGCUGGACGGUGGUGACCAAAGAUCACAAACUUUCCGCGCAAUGGGAGCACACAAUACUCAUUACAGACUCAGGCUUUGAGGUAUUAACGCUUGGCGCCAAUGAUCGUUGA